CAGAGCAUGCUGGGUACUGUCAUGGCGGCCAACACUGGAUGCCACUGAAACGUUGCGUUGCGUGAAAUUAUUUUUAUUGUUGUGGAAACAUUGAAUUCACUUUUGGAAAGUAAUUUUGACCAAACCCUGCUGGUAAAAUGGCUUCAACCGCGGCAGGCAAACAACGGAUACCGAAGGUGGCGAAGGUGAAAAAUAAAGCACCGGCAGAGGUGCAGAUCACGGCUGAGCAGCUACUGAGGGAAGCUAAAGAGAGAGAGCUUGAACUUCUGCCGCCACCGCCGAAACAAAAGAUCACAGAUAAGGAGGAGCUGAAUGAUUACAAAUUGCGGAAAAGGAAGGGAUUUGAAGACAACAUCAGGAAAAAUCGCACCAUCAUCAGUAACUGGAUUAAAUAUGCACAAUGGGAGGAAAGUCUAAACGAGAUCCAGAGGGCUCGUUCAAUUUACGAGCGAGCUUUGGAUGUCGAUCACCGCAAUGUCACUCUAUGGCUGAAGUACGCCGAGAUGGAGAUGAAGAGUCGCCAGGUGAACCACGCUCGCAACAUCUGGGACAGAGCAAUCACAAUCCUCCCACGAGUCAACCAGUUCUGGUAUAAGUACACCUACAUGGAGGAGAUGGUGGGGAAUGUUGCAGGCUGCAGGCAGGUGUUUGAGCGCUGGAUGGAGUGGGAACCUGAGGAACAGGCCUGGCAUUCUUACAUCAAUUUUGAACUGCGUUACAAGGAAGUGGACAAAGCUCGCACCAUUUAUGAGCGAUUUGUCAUUGUUCACCCUGAAGUGAAGAACUGGAUUAAGUAUGCCCGUUUUGAAGAGAGGCAUGGUUAUAUUGCACAUGGCAGAAAAGUGUAUGAGAGGGCAGUAGAAUUUUUUGGGGAGGAACAUGUGGAAGAAAACCUUUUUGUGGCCUUUGCCAAAUUUGAAGAAACACAAAAAGAGUUUGAACGUGUUCGAGUGAUCUACAAGUAUGCUCUGGACAGAAUCCCUAAAAGUCAGGCACAGGAGCUUUUUAAGAACUACACAAUGUUUGAGAAGAAGUUUGGAGACCGAAGGGGAAUUGAGGACGUCAUUGUCAGCAAACGAAGGUUCCAGUACGAAGAGGAAGUCAAGGCAAACCCACACAACUACGACGCAUGGUUUGAUUAUCUUCGUCUGGUGGAGAGUGAUGCUGAGCCUGACACGGUGAGAGAAAUUUACGAGAGAGCCAUUGCCAACAUUCCUCCCAUCCAGGAGAAGAGACACUGGAGACGAUACAUCUACCUGUGGAUUAACUAUGCACUGUACGAAGAGCUGGAGGUCAAGGACCCAGAAAGGACACGGCAGGUGUACCAGGCCUGUCUGGACCUUAUCCCUCACAAAAAAUUUACAUUUGCCAAAAUUUGGUUGCUCUACGCUCAGUUUGAGAUCCGACAGAAGAACCUCCAGGGAGCCAGAAAAGUCAUGGGCACAGCGAUUGGCAAGUGUCCGAAGAAUAAACUGUUGAAAGGCUACAUUGAGCUGGAGCUUCAGCUUAGAGAGUUUGACCGCUGCAGGAAGCUGUAUGAGAAAUAUCUGGAGUUCAGUCCAGAAAACUGCACCACCUGGAUCAAGUUUGCAGAACUGGAGACGAUUCUGGGAGACGUCGACAGAGCCCGUGCCAUUUUUGAACUUGCAAUCGGACAGCCACGCCUUGACAUGCCUGAGGUGCUGUGGAAGUCCUACAUUGACUUUGAGAUCGAGCAAGAGGAGUAUGGAAACACCAGAGACCUUUACAAACGGCUGCUGCAGCGCACCCAGCAUGUCAAGGUUUGGAUCAGCUUCGCUAAGUUCGAGCUGUCAGUCGAAAGCCUUGAGCGGCUACAGAAGUGCCGUCAGAUCUAUGAGGAUGCCAACAAGAGCUUGAGGAAUUGCGAGGAGAAGGAGGAGCGGCUCAUGCUGCUGGAGUCCUGGAGGGACUAUGAGAAGGAGUUUGGCUCUGACAGCACCAGGGAGAGAGUCAGGAAGCUGCUGCCAGAGAAGGUGAAGAAGAGAAGGAAGCUGACGGCUGAGGAUGGGUCGGAUGCAGGUUGGGAGGAGUACUACGACUACAUCUUUCCAGAGGACUCUGCCAACCAACCCAACCUCAAGUUGCUGGCCAUGGCCAAGAUGUGGAAGAAGCAGCAGGUUGAAGGCAAAGGCGAGAACAAUUCAGAGCAAGAAUCUGUGGCCGAAGAGGAUACAUUGCCGCCCUCUGACACGGCUUCACCUCCUCCAGAAAACCAAGAGGAUUUGGAUAAAAACUCUGCACCUGAAACAGAACAGGAGAACACGUACAACGACCGAGACGAUGACGAGAAGAGCAGCAGCAGCAGCAGCAGCGAGAGUGACAGUGAGGAUGAUGAGGGCAAGGAGGCGGCGAAAGAGAGCAGAAUCACUGAGGAAGAUAAAGAUUAGACCACACAUUUGGGACAUGGGGGUGUGAACACUGAUCCUGAAAUGAUUUUUCUACUGUUUCAUUUUUUUAACAAACCAGCUCAUGAGCAGUGUUUAUUGUGUAACCAGGUUUUCUUUACAGCUGUGUCAUUACAUGAUUCAAUUCAAA